AUGGCGCUUGCGCGCGCCCCGCGGGGCUCCCUCCCCCUCCCUCCCCAGAGCGCGGCCCCCACCCCCGCCACCGCCGUCCCUGGCCGCCCCCGAGUACCGCCCCCGCUGUCUUGGGCCGCCAGCUCUGCGCCCCCACCCCCGCUUGCUCUGCACCCCGCCGGCGAGGGAGGAGGGGCCCGCCUACGGCAGUUCCUCCCCGCCUCCUCCCACGCCCGGAUGCCGCUGGACGGCCGCCCCGCCGUCCUCAUCCGCGCGCGCGAGCUCCGUGCCCGGCGUAGAGCUGCGGCCAUGGCGUCCGCGUCCGCCACCGCCGCGGCCGCCGCCGCCGAUGCACACCGCGCGCACGGCGCCGAUGUCGACACCGCUGGAGCAGGGGAAGGACGAGCCGCCGUCGCCUCCGCACCGCCCGCGGCGCUCCGGCCGGCCUGCCUCCGCCGUCCUCAUCCACGCGCGCGAGCUCCGUGCCCGCCGAGGCCGCUCCUCUCCGCCGCGCCGCACCGCGGUCGGCCAGCCGCGGCCGCUCCUCUCAGAUCUCGCGCGGCCUCCACCACUGCGGCCAUGGUCUCCACCGUCGUGGCCGAGCUUGCCGGCAUGGAGAAGAGGGAGGGAGUUUAUGUUGAUGAUAUAGUGAUCAUUGGGGAUGAUGUAGAAGAGAUCAAAAAACUGAAGGAAAGGCUAGGUAGAGCCUUUGAGGUAAAGGAUCUUGGACCACUUCGAUAUUUUCUUGGAAUUGAGAUUGCUAGCUAG